GGGCGGUUGGUUGGAGCGUCGCAGCAGUCGGAAGGGCCGGGAAAGUUUCUUUGGAGGUCCGGCCCGGAGCUGCCAUGUCCCACGGCCCCAAGCAGCCCGGCGCGGCCGCCGCGCCGGCGGGCGGCAAGGCUCCGGGCCAGCACGGGGGCUUCGUGGUGGCUGUCAAGCAAGAGCGCGGCGAGGGUCCACGCGCCGGCGAGAAGGGGUCCCACGAGGAGGAGCCGGUGAAGAAGCGCGGGUGGCCCAAGGGCAAGAAGCGGAAGAAGAUCCUGCCGAACGGGCCCAAGGCACCGGUCACGGGCUACGUGCGCUUCCUGAACGAGCGGCGCGAGCAGAUCCGCACGCGCCACCCGGACUUGCCGUUCCCCGAGAUCACCAAGAUGCUGGGCGCAGAGUGGAGCAAGCUGCAGCCGGCCGAGAAACAGCGGUACCUGGAUGAGGCGGAGAGGGAGAAGCAGCAGUACAUGAAGGAGCUGCGCGCGUACCAGCAGUCCGAGGCCUACAAGAUGUGCGCCGAGAAGAUCCAGGAGAAGAAGAUUAAGAAAGAAGACUCUGGCUCCGGGCUCAUGAAUACCCUCUUGAACGGACACAAGGGUGGGGACUGUGACGGCUUCUCCACCUUCGAUGUUCCCAUCUUCACUGAAGAGUUCUUGGACCAAAACAAAGCGCGGGAGGCGGAGCUGCGGCGCCUGCGGAAGAUGAACGUGGCCUUCGAGGAGCAGAACGCGGUGCUGCAGCGGCACACGCAGAGCAUGAGCAGCGCGCGCGAGCGGCUGGAGCAGGAGCUGGCGUUGGAGGAGCGGCGGACGCUGGCGCUGCAGCAGCAGCUCCAGGCCGUGCGCCAGGCGCUCACCGCCAGCUUCGCGUCGCUGCCAGUGCCUGGCACUGGCGAGACGCCCACGCUGGGCACCCUGGACUUGUACAUGGCGCGUCUGCACGGCGCCAUCGAGCGCGACCCAGCACAGCAUGAGAAGCUCAUCGUGCGCGUCAAGGAGAUCCUGGCCCAGGUCGCCAGCGAGCACCUGUGAGCGUAGGGCCGGCCCAGGAUCCGGAAGCAGCGCUGGGCUCCGCCCUUUCCCUACCUCCAGCCCCACGGAGGACAGGCUGGGGGUCCACCCUUUGGGGCCAGGCCGUUCCUGCACCUUGGGGGCUGCAGCCCCCCUAAAAUUAAAUUUCUACAGCAUCCCUUUAGCUGUCAGCCUCCCUAGGCCCCUGAACUCCGAGAAGGCACUGGCCACGGUGAACCCUGUGGCUGCCGGCCCCCAUGAGACCGCCCACCUCACGGGCAGGGACAGCUCCUGCUGCAGGGGGGUCACCCGCAUUAGCUGUCCUGGACCACCCCCGGGUGCCCAGCUCGCUGCAGGACCCCCGGAAUCACCACGGGGGCCAUGAGGUGGUGCCACACAGGCAGGGGGGCACUUGGGUUUCACACGGGGUGGGACCCUCCAGUCCCUGUGUCCCAGAGUAGGGGGAGGGGGUGUUGCCCGCCCUGCCCGGUCCCGCGAGGGCACCCGCCGGCGGCAGCCCCCUCUACUG